UCAUCUGAUUUUCAAAGUAGAGCUGACAAGAGGUUAACUUUCUCUGAUUUUUGAGAACAAAUUUUAGGCCAUUGCAAUUUACAUUUUGUCCUUUGAAUUAACUGGUUUUUACAAUUAAUUUAAAAUAAUAAUUAUAGCAACGAUAAAUUACAUUACCCGCUCCAAAAUGGCAAAUCAGUGGGGACAAAAAGCUGAAGAAUUGGAAAUCACUAACAAAGUUGCUGGAUUGGGUUUGAAAAAACCUCAAGAUCAGUUAACAGAAUCUGAUGAUACACCUGAUGUAGUGAAUCCAGCUGAAACAUCACUAUUAAUGAAAAUAAUAAGACAAGGUUUAGUAGAAUCAAAGUUAGAUAUUGAAGUUCAGAGAAAAGAUCCAAAUUCCCCUCUUUAUUCAGUGAAGACAUUUGAAGCACUUCAUCUGAAACCUAACCUUUUGAAAGGAGUGUAUGAUAUGGGGUUCAAUGCACCAUCAAAAAUUCAAGAAACUGCCUUACCAACACUAUUGGCUGAUCCACCACAAAACAUGAUUGCACAGUCUCAAUCUGGCACUGGUAAGACUGCUGCCUUUGUGCUUGCGAUGUUGAGUCGAGUUGAUACCACAAAGAAUUAUCCCCAAGUGUUAUGUCUUAGUCCCACUUAUGAACUUGCCAUUCAAACUGGUGAAGUUGCUGCUAAGAUGGCAAAAUUUUGUCCAGAAAUAAAACUUAAGUAUGCUGUGAGAGGGGAAGAAGUACCAAGAGGUACUAAGAUAACAGAUCAUAUUAUUAUUGGAACUCCAGGCAAGAUGCUUGAUUGGGGUGUUAAGUUUGGUAUGUUUGAUUUAAGCAAAAUUAAGGUAUUUGUAUUAGAUGAAGCUGAUGUUAUGAUAGAUAGGCAAGGGCAUCAAGAUCAAUGCAUUCGUAUUCACAAAUGUUUACCUAGCACUUGCCAAAUGAUGUUUUUUUCUGCUACUUAUGGUACUGCAGUAAUGGAAUUUGCCGAAAUCAUUGUUCCAAAUCCAAUUAUUAUUCGGCUUCUCCGUGAAGAAGAGUCCUUAGAUAACAUUAAGCAAUAUUAUGUAAAGUGCAAAAAUUCAGAUGAGAAAUAUCGGGCAAUUUGUAACAUCUAUGGAGUUAUUACUAUUGGGCAAGCAAUCAUAUUUUGUCACACAAGAAAAACUGCCAGUUGGUUGUCAGAAAAGAUGUCCAAGGAUGGUCACUCAGUAGCAGUGCUAUCAGGAGAACUUACUGUGGAACAGAGAAUAGCAGUACUAGAUCGUUUCAGAGCAGGUUUGGAGAAGGUAUUGAUAACCACUAAUGUUUUGUCAAGAGGAAUAGAUGUAGAACAAGUUACUCUUGUUGUGAACUUUGACAUGCCUAUGGAUAUGAAUAAAAAAGCUGAUUGUGAGACAUAUUUGCACAGAAUUGGCCGUACAGGAAGGUUUGGCAAGGCUGGAAUUGCUAUAAAUCUAAUUGAUUCUCAAUUGGCUAUGGAAAUCUGCACAGAUAUUGAAGCUCACUUUGGAAAAAAGAUAAGGCUGCUGGAUAUUGAGGAUGCUGAAGAAAUUGAGAAGAUUGGUGCAUAAUUUUCUUUUAUAUUAUUGAUAAGGUUUAUUUUUGUACUUGUAUUUCCUAUACAAGA